CCCCGGUCGCUGUUUGGGGAAAAAAGGCCAAAAAUAAAUAAAUAAAAAAAACCUUGGUGGUGAUGGAUCUGCAUUCAGCUCUAAACAACAAAGUGAGCAGAAUUUCAGUCAUGGCAAGGCUCGUCAUUUCCCUCCUGCUCCUGUGUGGGUGCCAAAAUAGCCUCUGCCUAUCCUCCUCAGAGGCUCAGAAGGAGACGGCCGCCAACGACAACAGCACAGUUUUCACCAGGAUUCUGGAUGGGCUCCUUGAUGGUUAUGACAACAGGCUCCGGCCGGGGCUCGGAGAGAAUGUCACAGAGAUCAAGACGAAUAUUUUUGUCACCAGCUUUGGCCCGGUGUCUGACACAGAGAUGGAAUACACCAUAGACGUCUUCUUCCGUCAGAGCUGGAAGGACGAGCGUCUGUGCUUCAAAGGGCCCAUGGAGAUGCUGCCGUUAAACAACCUGCUGGCCAGCAACAUCUGGACCCCAGAUACCUUUUUCCUUAACGGCAAGAAGUCUAUUGCUCACAACAUGACCACGCCCAACAAGCUGCUGAGGCUGAAGGAUGACGGCACUUUGCUUUACACUAUGAGAUUGACCAUAUCAGCAGAGUGCCCCAUGCAGCUGGAGGAUUUCCCCAUGGACGCACACGCCUGCCCUCUUAAGUUUGGCAGCUAUGCCUAUCCAGUGUCAGAGGUGGUCUAUACUUGGACUCAGGGAGCUGCAAAGUCAGUGGUGGUGGCAGAGGACGGCUCCAGACUCAACCAGUACCAUCUUAUUGGGCAAACUGCUGGCACAGAGGACAUACACACAAGCAGAGGACAGUAUACAGUGAUGAUGGCCCACUUCUACCUGAAGAGGAAGAUUGGAUAUUUUGUCAUCCAGACAUAUAUGCCCUGUUUCAUGACUGUAAUCCUGUCUCAGGUGUCAUUUUGGCUAAACAGAGAAUCAGUUCCUGCAAGGACUGUCUUUGGGGUGACCACGGUGCUGACCAUGACCACCCUCAGCAUCAGCGCCAGGAACUCACUCCCUAAAGUGGCCUACGCUACAGCCAUGGACUGGUUCAUUGCCGUCUGCUAUGCGUUCGUCUUUUCUGCCCUCAUCGAGUUCGCCACAGUGAACUACUUCACCAAGAGGAGCUGGGCCUGGGAUGGCAAGAAGGCUCUGGAAGCACAGCACCCUAAGAAACGAGACCCUAUGGUGCUGUCGAAAAAACCCAACAACGUCUGCUCGGCGGGCGUCAACUACACUCCCAACCUCACCAAGGACGUGUCCAUCUCCACCAUCUCCAACACGACGUCGGUGCAGCUCCGAACCGCUGAGACCAAGAUGGUGGAUCCCAAGAAGACCUACAACAGCGUCAGCAAGAUCGACAAGAUGUCGCGGAUAGUAUUCCCCGUCCUCUUUGGAACCUUCAACCUCGUCUACUGGGCCACGUACCUUAACAGAGAACCGGUGGUGAAAGGAGUUGUCACCUCAACGUAAUCUCUCUUCUUUCUUUUUUUUUUUCUUUUUUCUUUUCGGAGACAGAGAGUUUGUGUAAGGGAGGAAGUUUAAGCCUAAUUGGAGAGUGGGUGGACUAAAAGGAAAGGGGUUGUUGUAAGGUCUCUGCCCUAGACAAAAAAAUAUUAAAAACAAAUAUCUGCGCUUGAAGAACAAAAACAAACUAUACUUAACUAUCUAAUUCAAGCACUUUGAAUGGAUGGAAAGCUACAACAGAAUCCCUUUCCUGUUCUUCAUGGCCUAACAAAAUGCUUGAUCACAAAGGAACUGCUUUUAAAACUCUGUCGACGAGA